AUGUCAGACUAUGCAAAACUCAAAAAGUUGGACGAAGAAUCCCUCCAGAAGCUGCAAGAAGGUACUGGACCAGUCGACGAAUGUCUCUGCUCGAUUUUUAGUCCAGAAGUCGAGAAGAGGAGCCUAGCAGCGUCUGUGAAGAAGGCUUUCGGGUUUUCAGGCAAGAAGAAUUCACCGCCUGGUGGCAGAAGAGGUUUCCCACCAUUUGGAGAGAGGGGGGGAAAUUUCGUAGAAAUACCACUGACUUUCAGUAAUGAUGGAAGAGGCAUUUUCACGAAGAAAGAGGUGGUGAAACGCAAUACUCCGUGUGGGAAAUGCGGCUGCGACAACGAGAACAUAGUCCUGAAACACUCGUACGCAAAUAUUCGGAUAAGCACGCCGGACAUAUCGUCUAUAUGUCCGUGUGAUUCAAAUUGUUUGCCAGACAAAGAGAAGUUGCAGAACAACAUUAAAGUGACAGUUGAAAGGGCGGAUGUGUCCUCACAGAGUAUACCAAAUUUUUAUACUGUUAACAAUGUUGAGAAUAAAAAGGAAAGCGAAUAA